AUGAGUGGCGAUCAGGCUACGAAAUCUGGACCGGGUGGGAGCGAGUCGGAAUCUGCAGGAGAUGCCCUAACCUUGUUUACUCAAGGUAAAAGGCAUCUUCUUGUUAAAGAUUAUCCCGAAGCAGUCUCUUCUUUAGGUCAGGCAUGUGGCCUGCUUGCAGCGAAGUAUGGAGAAACAGCCGAUGAAUGUGGGGAAGCUUACUUGUUCUACGGGAAGGCAUUAUUGGAACUUGCUCGCACAGAAAGUGGCGUCCUAGGAGAUGCAAUUGAAGGAGAGGAAAGUGGAGAAGAAUCGGAUGAAGAAGGCGAAGAAACUGAGGAGAACGGAAAAGAUAAGGGGGAGGAUGAGAACGGUCAAGAUAAAGCCGAAGAGGACGCCAAAGAUAAAGCAGAAGAGGAGGGCGGUAAAGAUGAUGCCGGUGAAGGAGAGUCAACUACAGAGAAUAAAGAUGGUAACGCUACUGAAGAAAAAGAUAAAGGUGAGGAGGGAGCGGCGAAUGGUGAAGAAGAAGAGGAGGAUGUGUCAAACUUGAAGCUAGCUUGGGAAAUGCUGGAGUUGGCGAAAAUUAUAUUUCAAAGACAGACAAAAGAUACACAGAUGAACUUGAAACUUGCAGAGGUGUUCUUAAACUUAGGUGAAGUUGGUUUGGAAUCCGAAACAUAUGAACAAGCUAUUCAGGAUCUUCAGAGUGGUCUCAAGAUACAGAAGGAACAUUUACCUGAAGACGACAGAAGAAUAGCAGAGACUUAUUAUCGAUUAGGAAUGGCUUAUAGUCUUAAUAAUGAAUUUGAUGAAGCUGUACAACAAUAUUCUGAUGCUGUUGCACUUCUGGAACUUAGAGUGAAGAACUUAGAAGUAAAAAGUGCAUCAGGUGAUAAACCUGACGAGUCGGAUGCAUUUUAUACGAUAGAAGGUGAGAUAAAGGAAUUAAAUGAACUCCUUCCGGACUUAAGAGAUAAAAUUUUAGAACUGAAGGAAAUGAAAGCAGAAACAAUUAAAGCAGUGAGCGACUUAAUAAGAGAAGGUGGAGCUGGAAGUUCCAAGAGUGGAGAGUCCUCUGCAAAACCCAUAGAAACAAAAUCUGCAUCUAAUAUUACUCACUUGGUGAGGAAAAAACAAAAGGCUGAUGAAUCUACAGCGACAGUUCAGAAAGCUGCAAGCCCUGAUGCUGUUCCUGCCAAAAUUCAAAAAUCAGAGUAA